AUGAAGGCCCUACGCUUGGCUGCGGGUUACACGGCCUUGCUUAUCAGUAUCGCGGCUUGCUUGCUGCUCGUCCUGGGCACCGACGUAUAUACCCGCGCCUCUCUACCACAACAUGACCAGCAGCUGCAGCAACGCAGUCAGACUCUGGCUCCUCGUGCUGCCCUGACACCCACACCACUACCGUUCAAAGACGCACCACCACCUCAACAUGGCAGGCACUGGUUCGAUCGCCAAGCCGCUUCCAACUCCUCCUCCAACUCCACGGCAACCUACUCAGAACUCCCCACCGCUGCCAUCACCAUCGAUGGUCAACCGCCGCCCACCACCUCGAGCGAUCCUCUGCUUGCCCUCAUGCCCGACUUUGCGUUCAGCAUGCCUGCUCAGAUCGUCGUCGAUGGCAUCAACAUUGCGCUCAUCUCGGUGCUCCUCAUCCACCUCCUUUUCACCGUUCAGUACCACUUCCCGCUCAGCCGGAAGAACUUUUACCUUCAGAUUUCGAGUUCGCUCAUGCUCCUUAUCAGCUUGAGCGUCACCCUCCACAUCAUCCUCAAACAACUCGAGGAUGAAUCCCAGCGUUAUCCCUUCAUGUUCCCAUACAUCGGCAUCCAACUGCCACCGGGCGACGAUUCAUGGACAAAGCUGCAGGAAGUGUUCUUCCUCGUCAUGCGUGCCAUCACCACUGCUCUCAUCCACAUCACCCACAUCCAAUUCCUCACGCUUCUCUUCCCCUCUGCGCUCGAGGCUCGUCUCAUCCUCUGGAUGCUCGGUCCGCUCGCCAUCAUCAAUUCGGGCAUGGAAUUUACCGGCCUCGCCGACGAUAGCGAUGCAAAAACAAACGAUCUCGGCGAUGCCAUCCGCAACAUCUGCAACAGUACCUUGACGCUCCUCUACACCACCGCUUUGCUCAUCUGGGGGCUUCUCGUCAAUCGUCGACGUGCUUGGCGCGCAGGCGGCGGCACGGCAGCGUUCGGCGGUGGCUCUGUGGGCCUCGCCCUCAUCAACACCGCCAUCAGCUUCACCGAGAUCAAGUACGAUCGCCUCUGGUGGCUUCCCAACGUCUGCUGGACGCUCACCAUCUGGCAGAGCUGGCUUGGCUUCUGGUGGUGGGUCAGCAGCGGAAUGGGCAUCGGCGAGGUCGAGGAUCGCCAGGAGCGUCUCGAGCGCAAGCGCAAACGUGAAGAGCGUAAGCGUCGCAAACUCGAGAAGCAAAAGCAGAAACUCGCCAUGCUUGAAGCCGCCGAAGUUCAAAAUGCCGAGGCCCACAGCUCACAGCACGAUUCCAGCUCGAUUCCUGGCCUCAGUGGUUUCCUACGCAUCAAGGAUCGUCUCGUCGGCGAGCCACACGGCUCCGGAACGCUCACUCGCCGUGCCCGUCGUCAGACUGGCGCAGGCAACGAGAGCGACGGCAUCAGUGCACCUGCACGUACGGCCGGCGGCGCAGCCAUCGACGACAUUGAGCUCGAUCACAUUCGUGUUACCCCGCACGACCAACACAGCGCUGAGCCGCAGCGCGACGACUCUCCACAUGGCCCAGCUCUCACGGGCGUUGCGGUGCACAGAGCAGGUGAAAGCGGCGAGCACGACGCUGAUUUGGCCGCAGAGCACAGUGGUGCCGAUGCCGAGGCCAACAACGACGAUGGCAGAACCACUGCCGGAACAGGGUCCGGCUCGAGCGACACGAAUCCAACCGCUUCCUCUGCGCCUGGCUGGAUGUCGACAGCGGCGCAACGCUUCAUGGACCGCCAGCCCAACUUUAUCAAGGCUCGCUUCCGUAGGCUGCGCCUGGCGCAUAUGGCGGCUGCUCGUCGUGCCGCACAUCAGCAGUCCGCCCUGCGAGAGCAAGUGCUCAAUUCUUCGCGUGUCUCUGGACCCGGUCUGCGUCACAUGAUGUUCGAUCGACCGGACUCGAUGCGGACAGGAAUGGAGAGCACUCAGGACAUGAAUGCAAUGCCGGAGCUAUCCUCGACGCUUGGUCGAUCGGCUUCGCUGGGUACCAAGCCCACGCAGGACACCAAGACCAUCUCGACAGCGUCUUCUUUCCGCGCUGCUCGUGAGGCUAGAAGCCAGAGCACGGACAGCAGAGAGUUGUCGCAGCAGCGCCGCGGAUCCACCCAUACGCAAAACUCCACUGCACUAGCCUCGCGCCGCAACGACCGCAUCGUUGAAGACGAGGAUGAUGAUAAUGAUGAUGAUGAUGAUGAUGACGACGACGAUCACAAUGACCCUGACCUAGCGGUCCGGCCAGGACCCUCUGUUCAGCGAGACUCGCGUCGGUAUGACGCCAGGGCAGAAUCUCCUGCUUCCAACCGUGCUGCCAUAUCAUCGAAGUCAUCCUUUACCGCAGCAGCGGCAGGUCCCAACGAUUCAGCAGCGGCAAGUCCCAGCGACUCGGCCGCUCGAUCAAGCGGCUUGCGACCACGUGGCAGCUUGUCCGGAGUUCCUGCCGGCACCAGAGAUGAAGACUGGGAAGACUUCGAGGCGUCCACUCCAGCUAUCCGCUCCAGCACCGCAUUGUCCACUUCGGCUCCUGCUCGUUCCACCUCGCGCAGUAGGAGAAACGACGGCAGUGAUGACGAAGAUGCCGAAAAUUCAAGCUGGUACUGGCGCGGAGGUCUUCGUCAAAUGCGUCUGCGCGACCGCACUACCUAUGAUUGA